GUGAAUAUUAUUCAGCGAUGACACUUCAACCCUAUAUAUAAUCUGUUUCUUCAGUAUUCCACGUUAGUUGACAAACGUAGCGUUUCCCGCUUUUUGCAACGAUAAAUCAUGUAUAGAAUUUUAAGCUUAGUUUUGACCGUGGGUGCUGUGAUAUGCGCAUCACAAGAGAAGCUGCCAGUGUUAAAAGCGUUGCCAGCCGAGGUUCUCUUCAGGGUGUCUGGUAAUUCGGAGCUGGUGUUAGAAUGUGCUACCGAAGACAAAGACGCUGGUGUUAAAUACUCAUGGCUGAAAAACGGCAAACCUUUCACCCCGAACGCUGACGUCAUCCAAAACUCCAACGAAGGAACAUUAAUAUUCAAAAAGCCCGCCGAUUCCGACGAGGGCCAAUACCAAUGUUUGGCCCAAACCGAACUUGGCACAGCCAGCUCUAGAACUGUCAAUGUCAAACGGACUUAUAUCGACGUACCGGAAGUUAAGCUCGCGAAACACAAACCAAACGAAGGAAACAUCUUUAAAUUAGAUUGUAAGAUCCCUUCCUCCUAUCCCAAACCGGAGAUCGUUUGGCAAUAUCAAUCCCUGACUGAUGCUAGCAUAUACCGUACAAUAAUGAACCAGAGGAUAACCGCGUCCCCUGAGGGUGACUUGUAUUUCACGAGCGUGACGAAAGAAGACGCGAGUCCAGAUCACAAAUACGUUUGUACUGCGAAAUCACCAGCCGUUGAUGAUUAUGUGGUGUUGGCUGAACACGUGAUCGAAGAUGUGGUGAGCGGUGGCGCCAGCCAGAAGGAGCUGGUUAAGCAAUAUGCCAGCAGCGAUAUGACGGCCAAAGUUGGCGAUGUGACUAUGAUAUACUGCAUCUAUGGCGGAACUCCCUUGGCCCACCCCGACUGGUACAAGGACGGCAAGAAUGUUAACAACGAUCCCAAGGACCGCGUGACGCGCUACAACAGGAGCGCUGGUAAGCGUCUCCUGAUCAAGGAGACCUGGCUCUCAGACGAGGGCGAGUACACGUGCAUCGUUGACAACGACGUGUCUGUUCAGAGGAAUACUGUCAAGCUCACUGUUGUCAGUGCACCACAAUUCGUAAGGGGACAUCAAUCGAGAUUAAUCGUAAAAGCCGGAGAGGACGUCACUAUUCCCUGUCAAGCGGCCGGCGUUCCCGCGCCUAAGCUGUCUUGGACGUACAACACCCAGAGCUUGCCUCAGAGUGACAGGAUAAUACUCAACAAAUCAUCAAGAGGGAAUACGAUCGUCUCUGAUCUAACCAUCAAAAACGUGCAGAAGGAGGACAAGGGUUACUACGGUUGUAAGGGAGUUAACGAAAACGGCGAAAUAUACGAUGAGACAUUGGUUUACGUUCAGUAAUUUUUUACUUUAUAAUUUGCAUAGUAUAUAAUUUUUGUACUUUACUUUAUGUU